UUAAUGGGGCCAUGAGGCGUCCUGCUCGCGUCCUCCGUGAUUAAGAGACGGAUGUAUUACAGGCCGUUAUGCACGACGGCGUGAGCGCUCUGUAGUUUUAGGGGGGGCUAGCUGAACACCAUGGGGACCACCAAGAAGGUCGGGGACUUUCUGAGCCGGAGACAGAGUCUCUUCCCCAACUAUAAAGUCCAGGACGUGGACGCCACCCGAAGACCCUCGGAAACGGUUUACCCACUGGCCAAGGAAUGCUGCGUGAAGACAUGGAACUCCAUGCAGGAGCUGAGCCGAGACAUCUACGACAUCUACGCCGAGUACGAGGACGAGGAGGACGACGUCCCUGCGUACGGGUUCAACCGGCAGGUCUCCCCGUCCAAGAAGAACUACGUGAUCAACAUCAACGUGGGCGGGAAGUCGUACCAGAUCGCCUACAAGAUGGCGGCCAAGUACCCCAAGACCAGGAUCGGCCGCCUGGCCACGUACACCGACCACAACAUGAAGCUGGACCUGUGCGACGACUACAUCGUCACCAACAACGAGUACUUCUUCGACCGGGACCCGGAGGUCUUUCACAGCAUCUUCAACUUCUACCGGACGGGCGUGCUGUGGAUCAAGGACGAGCUGUGUCCCCGGAACUUCCUGGAGGAGAUCAACUACUGGGGCGUGAGGAUCAAGAACACGCACCGCUGCUGCCGCAUCUCCUUCGAGGAGCGGCAGGACGAGCUCAACGACCAGCUGAAGAUCCAGCGGGAGCUGGAGGCCGAGGUGGAGAUCGAGGAGAACGAGGAGCUGUUCCACGACAUGUUCAUGGGCCAAGUGCGCCGGGCCAUCUGGAACCUGAUGGAGAAGCCGUUCUCCUCCGUGAAGGCCAAGCUGAUGGCCGUGGCCUCCAGCCUGUUCGUGCUGGUCUCCCUGGUGGCCAUGACGCUCAACACGGUGGAGGAGAUGCAGUACAGAACCCACGCAGGAAACCUCAGCGGGAAAACCUACUGGGAGUACGUGGAGUCCUUGUGCAUCGCCUUCUUCACCAUGGAGUACCUGCUGCGCCUGAUCUCCACGCCGGACCUGCGGUCGUUCAGCAGGAGCGUGCUCAACACGGUGGACCUGAUCGCCAUCCUGCCCCAGUACCUGCAGGCCAUCCUGGAGUUCUUCGACCACGAGGAGAACUACGUGCACGAGGCCGACAUGCAGGCCGUGGGGCAAGUGGGGAAGCUGGGGCAGGUGCUGCGGAUCAUGAGGCUGAUGCGAAUCUUCCGUAUCCUGAAACUGGCCCGGCACUCCACGGGCCUGAGGGCGUUCGGCUUCACGCUGCGUCAGUGCUACCAGCAAGUGGGCUGCCUCUUCCUCUUCAUCGCCAUGGGCAUCUUCAGCUUCUCCGCCAUGGUUUACACCGUGGAGCACGACAUGCCGCAGACCAACUUCACCAGCAUCCCCCACGCCUGGUGGUGGGCGGCCGUGAGCAUCUCCACCGUGGGCUACGGAGACGUGUACCCAGAGACCAUGCUGGGGAGAAUAUUCGCUUUCGUCUGCAUCGCGUUUGGAAUCAUCCUCAACGGCCUGCCCAUUUCCAUCCUCUUCAACAAGUUCUCGGACUACUACUCUAAACUCAAGUCCAACCAGUACACGGCCUCCACCAAGAACCGCGGGAAAGUCCGAUUCGGCCCCAGGACAGUGAAUAAACUCGGACAAAUCUUCGGAAACAACCAAUGAUUUCUUUCCUUUUCUUUCUCUCUCUCUCUUUUUUAAGGUUUAAUGCUUUUAUGCUUUACCGCAAAAGUGUGCAUAAUACAU